AUGUCCAGCUCGUUUUCAGGGCGUCCUGAUACAUCUGUGCCUGCUUCUUCCAGCCCGACUGCGCCCUCGAAUGAUCCUCUCUCUGACAGUCAAGAUGCUGCCCCCUUCGUGCCGAAUAUAUUUGACCUCGUCUACCUCGCAAGGCGAGCCGAGAUCUCUGUCACCCGCCCGGCCAUGCAACUCUUCCUCGGCGCCCAAGCCAUCGACCAGUCCACCUAUCUUGGGCAUGGUGCCUCCUUUGAAGUGUUUUACAAGAGGGUGCCUAAGUCAGGCGGCAUUAACUAUGAGACGAAGGGCAUGGGAUUGACAAUUUCAACGAGACAGGGCCAGUAUGACGAGAGAGUUCUGGUGUACAAGACGGCAAAGAUCGCCUUUAAUGAGAUGGGGGAGCCGCUGGCAAAAGAUCGAAGAGCUAUGGACUCGGUUCUGAUGGAGCUAUAUGCGUUGAUUCAUCCGCCUCUCUACGAGCACCGCAAUAUAGUAACCCUGCUCGCCUUGGGCUGGGGUAGUAACCCUUACAACCCAUCUUACAGGCUGCCCGUUAUCGUUACUGAACACGCUGACCAUGGCAACCUGGCAGCACUGCAAGCGAAGGAAAUCCUCCCCUCUGAAACAAAGCGGAAUCUCAGCCUUGACAUUGGACGGGGUCUCGAGGUCCUCCACCGCUGCGGCAUAAUCCAUGGAGAUGUGAAAUCAGAGAACAUUCUGAUCUUUUCUGACCCCCAGAAGAAGUAUGUUGCUAAGCUCGGUGACUUUGGAUUUUCCAUUGUUGGCCUAGCAUCCACUGAGCCUGUGCGUAUCGGAGGUACAACCCCGUGGAGAGCGCCAGAAACAAUCGCGGCUAUCCCCCGCCAUCUCCUCGCACAAACAGACGUGUACUCGUUUGGAUUGACGGUAUGGCGCAUUGCCAUGGACGGUAUGAGUCCGUUUCAUGUGAUUUGUGGCGACUCUGGAGGAGGCACAAGUUUGACGGAUGAAAUCGAGCGUCUCAAGAGGGAAGAUUUGCUUACAGCCAAGGCAGAUCUUGGUGAAUGGUAUCCUGGCUGGGUACUCUCGGCCAUGGAGAAGCUCGCUGGUGGCUCGGUGCCUGACAUGAUGAAAGUGGUGCAAAUGUUACAGCAGGUACAAACCACUUUGGCCGGAGGUGGGAUGAAAAUGCUCCAGGCCAUCGAUUUCAUCAAGUACAUUUACUGGCUAUUGCAUCAGCAUGGAAUGUCCAAUACGCCACUUCACGGACAGAUCAAGCAAGGACUCAUUACAGCUGCAUUGUCGGAUCCUUUCUACGGCAAGGUCGCUGAAGUCUUGAAAAGAUGCGUGCUUCGGAAUCCGGUCGAUCGAGACCUUGCAGGCGCAAUGUCUCUUCUAAAUAGAUCUGACGAUAUUCAACAGGACGCUGAGUAUGUAUAA